AUGUCAAACGUCUUCGACAAGCACAAGUCCCUCUUGUCCGGAGUAUGGACACUGAUCUCCGCCGAGAUGUACGACUCGGAAGGCCCCGACCGCAAACUCCUCGCCAAACCCUACGGCGACGACCCGCAGGGCAAAGUGGUCAUUUCGGCGUCGGGCUUCCUGCUCGCGACACUGGUCAUGCCGCCGGGCCUGGAGCCGUUGGAGAACCCCUCCCCGGGACAGCAGCCCACGGAUGCCGAAGUGCUGCGCAUCGGCCGGUCCUUGACCUCGUACGGGGGGUUCAUGACGCUCUCGGAACAGGACGACGGCUCGCUGCUGUGGCAUACGCAGGUCGAGAUCGCCUCGAAUCCCAGCUGGAUCGGGAAGCCGCAGACCAGGGUUGCGCGGCAUAGCCAGGUGGACGGGGUUGAGUACAUGAUGCUCAAUCCGGUCAAGUGGUAUACCCUCAAGGAUGGAAGCCAGGCACGGGGAGAAUUCAAGUGGCGCAAGAUCGGUUCUUGA